AUGUACCUUUUAAAAUUAGUGGAGAAAUAUCCUAUUAUAGAAAACAAGAUAACAGAUGGGGCUACAACAAAAGAUAAGCAAUUGGCUUGGCAAAACUUAGCUGCUGAGUACAACUCGCAAACAAAUCUUUGCCCUAGGACGUCUGAAAAUUUGAUGUCACGUUAUAAAAAUCAAAAAAUCGAAGUAAAAAAAAUGCACUCCAAUGAAAAAAUGGCCAUCAAAGGAGGAGGUCUACCGCCGCAACCACCCCAUAAUAGCGAUCCUGUCUACGAUAAAAUUAAAACUUUAAUAGGCCCUUCUCUGGAAGGUUUAAACAUCAUAUAUGAUGGAGACGCAAAAUUCAUGCAGGAGCAAAAUGCGUCAACGUCUAUUGAUACACCUUUGAAGCCAAUAGAAUUAACAUUAAACAUUGAGAAAAGUUUGCCGCAAUUAGGUGACCUAUCACUAUUGACUGGCUUAGUAGAAGAUACAUUGGACGACCUGCCACUAGACCAGUGGCACAAUGUUUGGUACCAACACGACGGCGCGCCGCCACACAUCGUGAGGCCAGUUCUUGAACGGUUAACGGAGAUGUUUGGUGACCAGUGGAUCGGGCGGAGGACCUCACGCAUGGCCAGCACGAUAGCCUGA